AAGACGUGCUCCCUAGCCUGCCGGCCUUCCCACCCGACCUCCCCUCUUUUCUGUUCGUCCCCCCUCCCCCUAUCGCAUCGUCUUUCUUCUCGCCUACUGGUUCCUUGCCUCCUCUGCCCCCAUCCUUCUCUUCCCUCCGCCGCGUUCUCCCUUCCUCCUCUUACCCCGUAUCCGCAUCACGCGCCUCGCCGCCCUGUCGGUGCCUUACAAGCCGGUCCACCGUCAGAGGAGGAGGAUUCGUGGAGGACAGGAUGGAGGUGGGUGAGAUGGACGACGUGCAGGCGGUGGGAGAGCAGGUCAUCAGCAGCAGGGGCGGCUCCGUGCUCGGGAAGAAGACCAUCCUCAAGAGUGACCACUUCCCCGGCUGCCAGAACAAGCGCCUCACCCCGCACAUCGACGGCGCGCCCAAUUACCGGCAGGCAGGAUCACUGCGUGUUCACGGUGUUGCAAUGCCGACAAUGGAAGGAAUUGUGAAUGUGCUAAAUCACAUUGGGGCACAAAAGAAGGGAAAGCAAACCCGAGUUCUAUGGCAUAGUCUUCGGGAGGAACCAGUUAUCUAUAUCAAUGGUCGCCCUUUUGUUCUACGAGAUGCCGAAAGACCCUUCUCAAACCUUGAAUAUACGGGAAUCAACCGGGAGAGAGUCGAGCAGAUGGAGUUUCGUUUGAAAGAAGAUAUUCUUCAGGAAGCUUCAAGAUAUGGGAAUAAGAUCCUAGUUACUGAUGAGCUGCCGAAUGGUCAGAUGGUGGACCAGUGGGAGUCAGUGAUAUCUGAUACAGUUAAGACUCCACUUGAGGUCUAUGAGGAGUUACAACAUCAAGGAUACCUUGUUGAUUACGAGCGUGUUCCUAUAACUGAUGAAAAAGCUCCGAAGGAAGGGGAUUUUGAUAACCUGGUACAUCGAAUCUCUCAAGUUGAUAUGGAGACUGAAAUUGUAUUUAAUUGUCAAAUGGGGAGGGGACGGACUACUACCGGCAUGGUCAUAUCUACGUUGGUUUACCUAAAUCGGAUAGGAGCUUCAGGUAUCCCAAGGACAAGUUCAAUUGGGAAGGUUUUCUAUGCUGGAAAUGAUGUAGAUGACUACAGUCCUAGCUCAGAAGAAGCAAUUCUCAGAGGAGAAUAUGCUGUCAUUAGGAGCUUAGUCCGAGUUCUGGAGGGUGGUGUUGAAGGCAAAAGACAGGUGGACAAAGUUAUUGACAAAUGUGACUCUAUGCAGAACCUGAGAGAAGCUAUUGCAACCUACCGCAAUAGCACUCUUCGGCAACCUGAUGAGAUGAAACGGGAGGCAUCACUUUCCUUCUUUGUGGAGUACUUGGAACGUUAUUACUUCCUCAUAUGUUUUGCUGUCUAUGUACAUUCGGUGAGCUCUGCUCACCAAGCAACAUCUUCAGGAGUUAAUUUUUCUGAUUGGAUGAGAGCAAGACCUGAACUGUACAGCAUUCUUCGAAGGCUGCUGAGGAGAGAUCCAAUGGGCGCUCUUGGUUAUUCAAGCUCAAAACCCACUCUUCCAAAAAUUAUUGAAUCUGCUGAUGGGCGCCCACAUGAGAUGGAUGUUGUUGCUGCCAUGAGGAAUGGAGAAGUUCUUGGACGUCAAACUGUUUUAAAAAGUGAUCACUGUCCAGGGUGUCACAAUCUUAAUUUGCCUGAAAGAGUUGAGGGUGCACCUAAUUUCCGGGAAAUUCCGGGGUUUUCAGUCUAUGGUGUUGCAAAUCCUACUGUUGAUGGCAUUCGGGCUGUUAUUCAGCGAGUUAGUACAAGCAAGGGAAAUCGGCCGAUACUCUGGCAUAAUAUGAGAGAAGAGCCCGUCAUUUAUAUACAUGGAAAGCCUUUUGUGCUACGAGAAGUAGAAAGACCGUACAAGAAUAUGCUGGAGUACACGGGGAUCGGUCGUGAUAGAGUUGAGCGUAUGGAAGCUCGGUUGAAGGAGGAUAUUUUACGAGAAGCAGAACGGUAUGAUGGGGCAAUAAUGGUUAUUCAUGAAACCGACAAUGGUGAGAUCUUUGAUGCAUGGGAAAAUGUCAAUAAUGAAGCUGUUCUGACUCCACUGGAGGUAUACAAAUGUUUGGACUCUGAAGGCCUUCCAAUCAAAUAUGCACGAGUGCCCAUUACCGAUGGUAAGGCCCCCAAAAGUUCAGAUUUUGAUACGGUAGCCUUUAAUGUCGCAGCUGCUUGCAAGGAUGCUGCUCUUGUAUUCAACUGCCAGAUGGGCAGGGGCAGAACAACUACUGGCACUGUGAUUGCUUGCCUGCUCAGACUUCGAAUCAAUCACGGCAGACCUAUUGGAAUGCCAGCCAUCCAAAAUAAUCAUGAAGAUACAAUUGAUGCCGAUUACUCAAGCGGAGAAGAAACAAUGGACCACAAUGGUCACUUGAAUUCAGAAUCAUGGAAACCUCACACUUUGACAGAGCUACACCCUAGAUUUGACAUUAAUGACAUCCUUCUGUUGCGAAAGAUUACAAGGCUAUUUGACAAUGGGAUUGAGUGUAGACAGAUUUUAGAUACUGUUAUUGACAAGUGUUCAGCUUUGCAGAACAUCCGCCAAGCUGUUUUGCAAUACACAAAGGUGAUUAGUCAACAAAAUAUGGAGCCAAGAGUUAGGAGAGUCGCAUUAAAUCGUGGUGCUGAAUAUUUGGAGAGGUACCUGAAAUUAAUUGCAUUCUCGGCAUACCUCGGGAGUGAAGCAUUUGAUGGUUUCUGCGGGCAAGGAGAAACAAAGAUCUCAUUUAAAAAUUGGCUGCAACAGCGUCCGGAGAUCCAAACCAUGAAAUGGAGCAUAAGACUGCGACCUGGGCGUUUUUUCACUGUACCUGAUGAGCAUAAAGCAACAUGUCAACCUCUGCAAAGUGAUGUAACGAUGGAAGCCAUCGUGAAAGCCCGUAAUGGUUCUGUUCUGGGAAAGGGAUCCAUACUCAAAAUGUAUUUUUUUCCUGGGCAGAGAAGGUCAAGCAGCAUGAACUUCCGUGGUACACCACAUGUUAUCAAGGUGGAUGGAUACCCUGUGUAUAGCAUGGCAACACCAACUGUUGAUGGAGCUAGAGAAGUUCUGUCGUAUUUGGGCUGUAAGGAUACAACUGGAAGAGACAUUAUUCAGAAGGUGGUCAUCACGGAUCUUAGGGAGGAAGUGGUAGUUUACAUCAAGGGAACACCGUUUGUUUUGAGAGAAUUAGAUCAACCUGUUGAUACACUGAAGCAUGUGGGCAUAAGUGGCCCAAUGGUAGAGAACAUAGAGGCAAGGCUGAAGGAGGAUAUACUUUCUGAAGUUAAACAGCUAGAAGGUCGGCUGCUUCUGCAUCAAGAAGAAUUUAACACAGCCACAAAUCAAUGCAGUGUAUUAGGUUAUUGGGAGCACAUAGAUCUGGAGGACGUAAUGACACCGGCUGAAGUGUACAGCACAUUGAGGGAUCAGGGGUAUUGUAUUGACUACAAAAGGAUACCUCUGACCAGGGAAAGAGAAGCAUUAGCUGCUGAUGUUGAUUCAAUACAGUCAUCAAUCAAUGAAUCUUCUAGGUACUAUCUCUUUAUUUCACACACGGGAUAUGGUGGUGUUGCUUAUGCAAUGGCCAUUACAUGCCUGAGACUUGGUGCAGAUGCAAAGUUUGUCAUGGAACAAACAGCAGAAACACACUUCGUAUCAAGUUCUCUUACAAAAAGUGUAUCUGUGAAAACCUUCACUGACAUAGCCCUCAGGCAGGGGGACUACCGUGACAUACUAAACCUUACUAGAGCACUGAUACAUGGUCCUAAAAGCAAAGAAGAGGUUGACAAAGUUAUUGACAGAUGUGUUGGUGCUGGGGAUUUGCGGGAGGAUAUUUUGCAAUACAGGAAGGCAUUGCGAGAUUGUUCACAUGAUGAUGAUGAUGAUGAGGCACGGUCAUAUCUCAUGGAUAUGGGGACUAAAGCUUUGAGGUUGACUCGGCUGGGUCUCGUUCGGCUGGAUCAGGCCUUCUCGCUUGGGUCGCUGCUUCCUCUCAUUAGUUUGGCCUGAAUCGAUUGCUUGGUGUUAUAAAAAAAGAUUAUAUAAAAAAGCAGGCGUUACUUCUUUCUGAUAACAUUUAGGUCCUACGUCCAUUGUACAUCCUUGCACGAAGUAACAUUUGCGUCAUGGAUGGAGGCUAGGCCUGAACUCGGCCACCUCUGCGAUAACUUAAAGCUGGAUAGAUAAAAUAUACCUUGGUCAUUAUUUUGGAGCCCGGGGUGUCAUGGGACUGGUGGACCGUGGACUCACCAUUUCUGGACCUGAGAAGGUGGUACUAAAAGCGAUGAGUAAGGAGUAAAGAUAAUUUGGAGGGAGUAUGUAUUGGCCGAAAGAGGGGCAUUGUAUUGAACUUGCUUCUGCUAAUUAACAGAGGCAAGCAUGUAUGUGUAUAUAUAUUUAUAUAUUGUCAAGCUUAAGUUGGACUAGGACAGUAUGAGCUUUCCGAUCUACCCCUCUGUGCCGUAAUGUAAGACGCUAUUCAAUUCAACACUAAACUAGUGUCGAAAAACGUCCUACUGACGCUAUUCAAUUCAACACUAAACUAGUGUUGAAAAACGUCCUACAUUAUGGGACGGAGGGAGUAAAUGUUUUCCACUGCUUCCAAAUGAUAGUCAUCAUUUAGAUGCAUGGCCUUGUUCUUGUGCUCAACAAAUCUGGAUUUUAGGAGCUCUUCCUGUACUUUUUUUAUAUGCUCCUUGGGCAAUAUUUAUGGAUUGGCCAUCUGUAAAUUAUGUGAACCUGCUUUUCAUAACAGAUUUUUUUUCCUGUCGUGAUCUGAAAAUAAGAGAGGGCUCACUUUUGCAUAA